AUGUCUUAUUCCCAGGUGCUUCAACAUUUAUUGCAAUUGAAGUUGGUUAGUUUAAGGGGCAUGCCACAGCCUCCUGAGAGGCUUCCUGCAGGUUAUAAUCCUAAUGCCCGAUGCGAGUUUCAUUCUGGAGGUAUAGGCCAUGAUGUGGAGAAUUGUUGGGCUCUUAAGUACAAAGUGAAAGAGUUGUUGGAUUCUAAGGCCAUUCAGUUCACUCCGAACAAUGGACCGAACAUUAUCCAAAACCUGAUGCCUGCUCAUGUCAGACCUACUGUUAAUGUUGUGGAAGAUGGUGAGAACUUGAAUUUGAUCAUGGAUGUGAACCUAUUGUCUACUUCAUUGUCGUGUGUUAAAAGUUAUCUGAUCAAGAAUAAUAUUUUUCCUGGAUGCUUUCCAGAAUGUUGUGAGUGCCAGAAUCACCCAGAGGGUUGUGUUAAUCUGAAAGUUGGGAUUCAGAAUUUAAUUGAUGAAGGUUUCCUACAGCGUGAUAGAAUUUUUAAAGAUGAUAAAUUUGAAGAGAAAGAUGUGGCAGUAAUUUCUAUUUCGUACACUCUUGCAAAUAUUUCAGCGCCUGCUAGGUCUACUCCCUUGACAAUCACGUUGCUUGGUCUUAUUCCUUACUCUAGCAAGAGUGUUGUGCCAUGGCACUAUGGGUCGGAUGUCUAUUAUCAUGGAGUGAAUCAAGAGGGGAAGCCUUUUGAGGAAAAGCCAAGUGACGAUGAAAGUUUGAAUGUUGACAAUUUUGUCGGUACAGGAAGAAUUACCAGAAGUGGUAGGGUAUAUUCUCCACAAAAUGGUCAAGAUAAUGCUGAUGCCUUGGCAAAAGCUAAGGGUAAACAAGUAAUGGGUGAUAAUUUAGAAUAUGUGCCAGUUAAUGCUCUUAAACCAAAUGCAAUUCAUGGAACUUCUUCGUCUGAAGAAGUUGAAGAGUUAUUGAGAUUAAUCAGGAAAAGUGACUAUAAAGUGAUAGAUCAUAUGAGACAGACAUUGUCUAAGAUUUCAAUAUUAUCCCUGUUGUUGUGUUCUAAAGCCCAUAGUAAUGCUCUGAUGAAAUUGUUAAGUUCCUCUUUUGUGCCGCAAAACAUCAAUGUCAACCAGUUAGAAGGGGUUAUGGCCAGUAUAUCAGCUGACAAUGGUUUGGGUUUUAAAGACUUUGAUCUCCCUCCUGAGGGACGCAAUCAUAAUAAAGCUCUGCACACCUCUAUGGAAUGA